UUCACGUUAAAACUAAUGAACAUGAUAGUGUUUUAUUACGAACUCACCUGUCAAAACUCGUUCCCCGACAUGCAAUGCCACUGAGAUUGUCGGUUCCUGCUUCGGAGGUAAAAUAAUGAGUGACCGUUCCUUUGUGCAAGAAAGAAACUUAAGACAGUCGUUCAGACACCAAGAAUCGCGGCAAGAUGACGCUUUUUACGAGAGGACCGGACGAUCACACCAGCAACCACAGGAAAAUCGUGGACAAACAGAACAACUCCAGACCUUUGCUGGAUGGGCAAUAGGAAUAUCAAGUAGUGUGUUUGCAGAACACAUCCUGUCCCACCCAUGCAUAGUUCUGCGUCGACAGUGUCAGGUCCAUCACAAUGCCUCCUGGUAUCACCUGACUCCAUUUUCACUGUUCCAUGUCAUUUUGAAUCUGGAGAGAACACAGGGCCUAGGUACUCUAUGGAAAGGUAUAGGAAGUGUGUUUCUAGCCAAGGGAAUCUUCAUGGUCAGUGAAACAGCCAUUAGUGAAGUCACACCCCUUCCUAAAGAAGUAUCAAAACACAGUCCACUUAAAAAACAUUGCCAACACAUGCUACUGAAAGGUCUGUCAUACAUGAUAGCCACACCCUUCCUGGCUGCCAGUCUACUAGAAACUGUUCAGGCUGAUGUGUCCAGUGAAAGGCCUGGAACAUUUGACUGUCUAAAGGAAGGAGUUGCUCGUGUGAUGGGGUGGUGGACUCCACAAACUACACAUCUUCUGCCUGUCUGGAAACUCGUCCUGCCAACAGCCAUCCUGGGCAUCGCAUCUUACACUAUCACGCAGCUGGCCAAAUACACAGUCAUCUCCACCAUUAAGCUGGAGGAACAGGAAUCAAGGGCUAAUUCUUCACCAGUGGAUGGUCACACAGUUGCCAAGAAGAUGUACGAAAAUUUCUUCACAGAAAUGCUUGCUAGCUUUACAGGAAAUGUGCUGGCGGACAUGAUGACGUAUCCAUUGGAGACCGUAGUACACAGAUUAUAUCUACAGGGCACACGGACUAUCAUAGACAAUACAGAUACUGGCAUGGAUGUCAUUCCCAUCAGCACACGUUACAAUGGAGUAAUCGACUGUUUUCGAGAUAUUGUGAUAGAGGAAGGGUUUUCUGGACUUUACAAAGGUUUUGGAGCUGUGAUUUUUCAAUACGUAUUACAUGCAGCUAUCCUACGAACAGCAAAAUUUCUUUUUGAGAAAAUAUCCCAUGAAUUUGGCAGUCCAAGACAUGCACCAAGAGCACAACCUACCACAGUGCCCAAACAGCCUAUUCAGUGAAGAAAUCAAGGAGAUGGUUACUACAAAAAACAGACAUAUUUAAAUAAGUAUUAAAAUGUGGAAAAAAAACUAUAUUCAUUGAUGUAGAGUACUUAUACCUGAACUAUUGGGAGGCUAAGCAACUUAGCUUAAAAUGAUUUAUAUCUAUAUUGACGCAAAACUUUCAGUGUAAUAGAACUAUUGAUUUGUGUUCAGGAAGGAAUUAGGAAUUUGUUAUGUUCAAAUAAAUGUAUUGGCUAUUAAUGUUUUCCAGAUCAAUGUAUUGGCUAUUAGUGUUUUCUAGAUCAAUGUAUUUGCUUUUGAUGUAUUUAAGUAUUUGAAUGUAAGUACUGUAUCAAGAAUUCCAAUUUGAGAUUUCUGGCUGAGGUUUCACAUUACCGUAAGUUGGUAAUAAGUCCAUCUCUCCUUUUGCCAUCAAAAUGCUGAUAAAAAACCUGCCCACUACUGGUUGACACCCUAGGUUAUUUACAGUAUAAACACAGUACACUCACAUUCUUUGAAAACAACUUCCAGCUGAGAACAGGUUCAUUAUGUUAUUUCUAGUCAACCAGUAAUUUCACGUGAUAUACACUGGCCUGAGUUUCAGGUGAUAUAGACUGGCCAGAAUUUACCUGAUAUAGACUGGCCCGAGUUUCACCCGAUAUAGACUGGCCCGAGUUUCACCCGAUAUAGACUGGCCCGAGUUUUACCUGAUAUAGACUGGCCCGAGUUUUACCUGAUAUAGACUGGCCCGAGCUUCACCCGAUAUAGACUGGCCCGAGUUUCACCUGAUAUAGACUGGCCCGAGUUUCAUUAAUAGGUUCAGAGAUUAAUAAUCUGCACAGAAUCCAGGUUAUUAUACAAGCUGACAGUCAUAACCUGGGUAUUAAAAUACUGUAAAUCUUUAAAAUAAGCUGGUCAUGAAAAUAAUGAAAUGAGUCAUGGAUUCAUUGCAUGGAAAGUCUGACUUGAAUGUAAGGUAUUAAAUCAUAAUGCUGUGGUACCAUAUUAAGUAUAUAGUGUAUAGGUCGCGUGUCGAAAUAUUACACUGUAUUAUGAAUUGGUGUUUAACUGACAGUUACAGAACAGCUUUGACCAAUUUUCAUACAAAGUAAAACUAAAUUAACCGAUAAGUCUGUUUUUUAUCAAAUGAACGCAGCAUGCUCUAAUUUCUGACUGAUCAACUUUAUGCCAUAUCAUGUUUGACCAGACACCAAGUCUGUAUUAUCCAGUCUUAAAACACUUUAGCAUCUUCAUCUACCAGAGAUGUUAUGGAAUUUCCUAGCAUCUUCAUCUAUCAGAGAUGUUAUGGAAUUUCCUAGCAUCUUCAUCUAUCAGAGAUGUUAUGGAAUUUCCUAGCAUCUUCAUCUAUCAGAGAUGUUAUGGAAUUUCCCAGCAUCCUCAUCUACCAGAGAUGUUAUGGAAUUUCCCAGCAUCUUCAUCUACCAGAGAUGUUAUUGACUUUCCCAACAUCUUCAUCUACCAGAGAUGUUAUGGAAUUUCCCAGCAUCCUCAUCUACCAGAGAUGUUAUGGAAUUUCCCAAGCCUGAUAAUGUUUAGUUCAUUUCUUACUUUCAUUUGGUGGUAUGUAUUAGUUAUUUGAUGGUAUGUAAUUUGAAAACAUCAAAUAUCUGUUUGCUAGUAUGUAUUAUUGAAAUGUGACAGCAAAUGUUAUUUCUCCAAACUGUUAGUCAAUCUGAUGAAAACAAUGGCAAUUUAAUUUGAGGUGAUAUAUUCUAUAGUGUUCUGAUCUAGUCAGCUAGAGCAGUGACUUUGAGAGUCCCUGGGUAAAUGUGUCAGACAUCCAGUAUUGUUUGUUCAUUAGGGAGUGUGGUCCAAAUUAUUACCACUGUAUUAUCAACUUAUGUUGGUCUGGUGUUAGUCAAUGCCAGACAGAUAUAAAAAAAAAGUCAAUAAACAUCUGAAUAGUUCAUACUAUUGGAAUAUAAAAAGUCAAUAAACAUCGGAAUAGUUCAUACUAUUGGAAUAUAAAAAGUCAAUAAACAUCGGAAUAGUUCAUACUACAGUGUCAACAGAUUCACGUAUUUCUGUGAUUUACAUUUAUAUUAAAGUGUGGUUUAAUGAAACAUGUUUAUCUGGUCUGACCCUAAAGACAACUGACAAUGAAAAAAACUGACAAUGGGAAAAAAAAUCAAGUUCGAAGUGUUUUCACUGAUAAUUAUUGUUCUACAAGUAUAUAUUUGGAAGCCAUAGUGUUCAUAUUAAGAGUACAAAACUUUGUCCAGAUUCAGUCCCAAAAAUGUAGUUUGGUUGAACUUUUAUUUAAAUGCUUAAACCUCAAAUUUUCGGUAACCUGCCCUAGGGACAAGUGAGCUUAUGCCUUGGUGCUUUAUCCAUCCCUCCAGUCAUUAUUAUUUCUUUUCUUGGGGUCAAAUCAGCAGAAAUAUUCAAUUCUUUUCUUUGUUUUGAGUUUCGUAACCAUGUCAUAAAUCAACUUCAAAAUUCAAAUGAAUUUAAAGAAUCGUCUAACAAAACCUUCACUUCAUAUAACCUGGGAAACAGGUUGAUGAUACAGGCCCAUUUGGCCUCUUGUAGAAGUUUUCUUUUGAGAAUUAUUAUCUUUCUGAUGAAUCUAUUAAAACCAUUGAUAAAGAUGGGACAUUAAGAUCCUCACAAUUUAUUGGAGAACUGCAAUGACAAAGAGUGAAUUAAGCAAAGCAUGCCUAAAUGUUGUUGAUGUCAUUGUUAGUUGCAUCGUUUCAUAUUAAGAUGUCACAAUCAAUAUGAAAUGUAUACAUUUUUGGAUUUUGUUAUGUCAGUCCUGCAGUAAAUGAAAGAAAAAUUUGAUUGUUUAUGGAGUUAUUAAUGUAAUUGUUAUUUGUAACAUUUUAGUUUCCUUUGUUUUGUGAGAUGUUACAUACUGCAAUAUAAAAUUAAAGUUAAUAAAAUAUUUUGUUUUGUGUAAU